AUGUUAGGAACUUGCUCCUCUUCGUCUCUUUUGCUCGUCGUAAUAACUCUCAUAUACCUUGUCCAAAGGUUAGGGUUCAAGAGCAACAUCUGUGGUGUCACAUGCUCAUCGGCAACGGUUCCACUUCCACCAGGGCCGUUGCCGUGGCCGGUGGUGGGUAACCUGCCCGAAAUGAUGCUCAACAAGCCGGCAUUCCGUUGGAUCCAUCUCGUGAUGAAGAAGAUGGGCACCGAUAUCGCCUGCUUCCGCCUCGGCCGUGUCAACGUCGUCCCCAUCACCUGCCCCAAGAUAGCGAGAGAGGUGCUCAAGAAACAGGACGCGAACUUCGUGUCCCGGCCGCUCACCUUCGCCUCCAGCGCCGUCAGCUGCGGUUACAAGAACGUGGUGCUCUCGCCGUUCGGGGAGCAGUGGAAGAAGAUGCGCCGGGUGCUCACUACCGAGAUCAUUUGCACUUCCCGGCACAAGUGGCUCCACGACAAGCGAGGCGACGAGGCCGACAACUUCACACGCUACGUCUACAACCUCACCAUCGGCACCAGCUCCAAGGGGUCGUCUUCAACAUCGGACACCAACGUCGAUGUCAGGCAUGUCACACGACAUUACUGUGGCAACGUCAUCCGUCGGCUUGUCUUCGGUAAGCGGUACUUCGGGGAGCCUCAACCCGACGGUGGGCCGGGGCCGCUUGAGGUGGAGCACAUAGAUGCUUCCUUCACCUGCCUGGGGUUCGUCUACUCCUUCUGCAUCAGCGACUACCUCCCGUGGCUGCUUGGUCUUGACCUUGACGGCCAGGAGAAGGUGGUCAAGGAGGCCAACGCGACGGUGAAUAGACUGCACGACAUGAUCAUUGAUGAGCGUUGGAGGCAGUGGAAGGGUGGCGAGACGCAGGACGGCGUCGAAGAUUUGCUCGACGUUCUCAUCACGCUCAAAGAUGGGCAUGGCAGCCCGUUACUUACCAUCGAGGAGGUCAAAGCAGGGGACAUAAUAUUUGCGGCGCUAGACAAUCCUUCCAACGCCGUGGAGUGGGCGCUGGCAGAGAUGGUGAACAACCCGGAGUUGCUGGACAAGGCGGUGGACGAGAUGGACCGGGUGGUCGGUCGGGAGCGGUUGGUGCAGGAAUCCGACAUCCCGCAGCUCAACUACAUCAAGGCGUGCAUACGUGAGGCAUUUCGACUUCAUCCUAUUGCUCCCUUCAACUUGCCGCAUGUCGCGUUGGCCGACACUACCGUCGCCGGCUACCGUGUGCCCAAGGGGAGCCACGUCCUCCUCAGCCGGGUCGGCCUAGGCAGGAACCCCACCGUCUGGGACGACCCGCUCCGCUUCAAGCCGGAGCGCCACAUGAGAGACGACGCCGGCGUAGAGCUCACUGAGAACGACCUGCGGUUCAUCUCCUUCAGCACUGGCCGCCGUGGCUGCAUUGCAGCGUCGCUAGGGACGACGAUCAGCGUCAUGCUCUUCGGCAGGCUCCUGCAGGGUUUUACAUGGGCCAAACCAGCUGGGGUGUCGUUCAUCGAUCUCAGCGAGUCCAAGCAGGAUCUCUCCAUGGCGAAGCCGCUGUUGCUGCACGCGGAGCCACGCCUGCCGUUGCACCUCUACCCGACGAGCCGUUGA